AAUAACAACAACAGCAGUAGCAAUUUAAAGAUGGAUUUUCAAAAUCGAGUUGGUAGUAAGCACAGAAGUGGAGGAGUAGCUAGUUUUUCUGAAUCCAAUGUGGAUCGUCGUGAAAGACUUCGUAAGCUUGCGAUGGAAACGAUUGAUAUCGCAAAGGAUCCUUAUUUUAUGAAGAAUCAUCUUGGUUCAUAUGAAUGUAAACUUUGUUUGACACUACACACCAGUGAAGGGUCUUAUCUUGCACAUACACAAGGAAAGAAGCAUCAAACCAAUUUAGCACGUCGUGCAGCUAAAGAAGCUAAAGAUAAUAAUAUUGUACAAGCAGCUGUCGGGCCAGCUAAACCCCUGAUUGCACCUCGUAGAAAUAUCAUCAAGAUUGGACGACCAGGUUAUAGAGUCACCAAAGUACGUGAUCCAGUUACAAAACAGCUUGGUUUUCUUUUCCAAAUCCAAUACCCUCAAAUUGCAGACGAUGUUAUUCCUCGCCAUAGAUUCAUGGGUGCAUAUGAACAAAAGAUUGAACAACCCAAUAACGCCUAUCAAUAUUUAAUUGUUGCAGCCGAACCUUAUGAAUCAAUUGCUUUUAAAAUCCAAAGUAACAAAGUAGAUGAAACACCUGGUAAAUUUUGGACACAUUGGGAUCAGGAUUCUAAACAAUUUUCACUGCAAUUCUUCUUCAAAAAUGAAAAGAACGGCAUGUUUGAAGGUAUGGGAGCACCUACUAUGGCGCCACCUAUUGCAACUGCUUAGAAAAGAAUAAUAAAAUCCA